AUGACUGUGAUUGCUUUCAAUUCUCACAAACGUGUUCAUACAGGAGAGAAACCAUAUUCUUGUAAUAUCUGUGGUAAAUCAUUCCCUCGCAAUUGUGCUUUGACUGAUCAUAAACGUAUUCAUACAGGAGAGAAGCCACAUCACUGUGACAUCUGUAACAAAUCUUUCUCUGCCAGCAGUAACCUAACUACUCAUAAACGUUUCCAUACAGGAGAGAAGCCAUAUCACUGUGAUAUCUGUGGUAAAUCAUUCUCCGUGAGUUCUAACUUAACUGAACAUAAAUAUAUUCAUACAGGAGAGAAGCCAUUUCACUGUGAUACCUGUGGUAAACUGUUCUCUACAAGUAGUUCCUUGACUGUACACAAACGUAUUCAUACAGGGGAGAAGCCCUAUCACUGUGAGAUCUGUAGUAAAUCAUUCUCUAAUCGAAGUGCUUUAAAUUCACACAUACGUGUUCAUACAGGGGAGAAGCCAUUUCGGUGUGACAUCUGUGGUAAAUCAUUCUCUCGAAGUGAUAAGUUGUCUAACCACAAACGUAUUCAUACUGGAGAGAAGCCGUAUCACAGUAAAUCAUUCUCUGACCGAAGUGCUUUCAAUUCUCACAAACGUACACAUACAGGAGAGAAACCAUAUUCUUGUAAUAUCUGUGGUAAAUCAUUCCCUCGCAAUUGUGCUUUGACUGAUCAUAAACGUAUUCAUACAGGAGAGAAGCCACAUCACUGUGACAUCUGUAACAAAUCUUUCUCUGCCAGCAGUAACCUAACUACUCAUAAACGUAUUCAUACAGGAGAGACACCAUAUCACUGUGAUAUCUGUGGUUUAUCAUUCUCUCAGAGUAGCGUUUUAACUCGUCACAAGCGUAUUCAUACAGGAGAGAAGCCAUAUCCCUGUGAUGUCUGUGGUAAAUCAUUCUCUCAAAGUAGUGCCUUAACUUCUCACAAGCGUAUUCAUAUACGUGAGAAAAGCCUUCUCUCUGAAAAUGGUGACUAGACCCUUUAUAUUGAAGGUUACUCUUUCGAAUGUGAUGUUUGUUUAUUCACGUUAUUUUCAAUUUGUCAUACAUUCACAGCAAAUUACCACACAGCCACUCCUGCAUCUAUGUGUGUAUUUUCAGAAUGACAUUGUUGGGUAGGUGUAAGAAGCCGACUCUGAUUAGGUAGGAUAUUAAAUCAAAUAUGGCUGGUUUGAAUGCUAAAGGGUUAACACUAGAAGUACCAAUAUUUCUUUCCUCUUACAAAGACCAUAACAGUAAUUUUUGACUGUCAUUGAAAAUCUUUAUUUAAUACAAUUUAUUUUAAAUAUCAGCAAAUGCAGUGAAUAAAGGAUUUGAAAAUACAUUCUUUUAGCAUUUAUUUACAUGU